GCGGUCAUGUGAUGAAAACAGGAAGCGCCGAUUUUUGAUUACCGAUCAUCUUCAUCGAUCUCUAUGAGGAGGCGCAGUUUCUGCUGUCUGAUUGCUGUGAUCAUGAUUCUGCUCUUCAUCAUCUUCAUCUGCACAUUCAGCUCUCACGUCAGUGUGGCGUGGAGCUCUCAGACCGAGUUCAGUGUUUCUGGACGAGCGCUCUACAAACUGGACCUGUCCUGGCCCAAAUACCCAGAGUACUUCACUGGACAGGUGUUUGCGGUGGCUGUCAAUCAUCUGGCGGGGCUGGUGUACGUGGCACAGAGAGGUGAGAAUGUCCCGAAAGUGUUAGUGUUCAGCACAGACGGAGAGUUUCUUCAGGCCUGGAACUCCAGCACUCUGGAAAUGCCUCAUGGGAUCUUCCUGGCCGACGCGUCCACCGAGCCCACACUGUGGGUCACCGAUGUGGGGAAUGGGCCGUUCGGGCACACUGUAAAGCAGUAUUCUCCAUCUGGGAAGCUGCUGCAGGUUUUGGGAACUCCAGGCACAGCAGGAUCGUCUCUCAGUCCUCUUCAGUUCGAUCAGCCGGCGGAGAUAUUCAUCCACAGCUCUGGAGACAUCUACAUCGUGGACGGAGACGGAGGAAUCAACAACCGCCUCAUCAAACUCUCCAAAGAUCUGCAGGUGCUCUGGAUGCAUGGAGAGAAGGGUCAGGGUCUGGCUCAGUUCUACAUCCCUCACAGUGUGGCGGUGGACAACUCUCAGAGGGUGUGGGUGGCCGACAGAGGGAACAAGCGUAUCCAGGUGUUUAACUCAGUGACGGGUGAUUGGCUGGGCUCAUGGGGCAGCUGUUUUAAAGAGGACGCACCAUACUCCGUCAGAUUCACUCCUGAUCAGAAGUACCUGGUCGUGGCUCAGCUGAACACUAAUCAGGUGACGCUGCUGGAGGCUCCACCAGUGGGCAUCAUCGGUCAGUGUCAGGUGAUCAGCUCCAUCCACCUGCCCGAGGACGUCAAACCACACCUGGUGGAGCUGGACCUGAAGAGCGCAGCGCUGUACGUGGCAGAGAUCGGAGCCAAUCAGGCGCAGAGGUUCAUCCCGCUGACAGCCGGUGCUGUGUAGAUACUCAGAGCUACAGCAGAGAGAAGAGCUGAUGUGAAGAUCCAGACGCUUUAUCUGAGCGCAAACCGAGCCCAUCUGCACUCUCAGUACAAUCCGAAAUAACUCCUGGAUUUCAGAUGAUUGUCACAGAGCAUUAAAGGGACAGAAUAAAUGUGGGUUUGAUGGUCUGGCAUGCUGGUUUUGUACACAUCUGUGGAGGUUUUUGCACUGUAUUGGGUGUUUGUGUUUAUGAUUCGUGACUCAUUCCUGAGUAUUUAAUGUACAUGAGAUUGCUUAUGAUGAUAAUUUAAGCUUGAUGUAUGGUAUUUACGUGUGUCCUCUCGUAUGUCCAUUUCUGAUGAUUUAGAAUGAUGUUUAUGAGGACACGUUUGUAUAUUACAGGUAUGAUCUAGAUCAGGGGUGUCCAAACUCUGUCCUGGAGGGCCGGUGUCCUGCAGAUUUUAGCUCCAUCCUGCCUCAACACACCUGCAAGGAUGUUUCUAGAAAGCCUAGUGCGUGCUUGAUUACCUAGCCCAGGUGUGUCUGAUUGGGGUUGGAACUAAACUUUGCAGGACACCGGCCCUCCAGGACUGAGUUUGGACAUGCCUGAUCUAGAUAUUCCAACAUUGAAUUGAGGUAAAGUUGGUUUUAUAUUCGCACUUUCAGACUCUCAACAAUGUAAUUUCAGAAAAGUAUUAAUUGCAUAUUCUAAAUAGUGAAAUCAUAUUAUCAACCAAUGACUAUCAAACUACAACAUUGUUCACAGUCAAUUUAACAGUGCUAAUGUUGUGUUGAAGUCAUGCUUAUAAUUUCAGCCCAAAUACCAGGGUAAACAAUAUAGGGAGUUGACACUGAACAAAUGUGCGAAUAUAAAAACAACUUUUCCUCAAUCAACGUUGAGGUGGUGGUUUAUGAGGACAUGUUUGGUGUCUUCAUAAUUCAGGACUGUUAAAAAUCAUAACUGGGUUUUUUCGAAUUAAUAUUCUGCCAAGUUAUCUGUGAGGGUUGGGUUUAGGCCCAUAUAAUAAUCAGUUUUAACAGUAUGAAGUACAUUGAGGCUAUGUGUGUGUUCUGUGAAGAACUGCUCAUAUCCUGCAAUGUGCCAUGACUUUAUUAUGAGAUUUUCAUCAUUUGAAUGGUUAAUUCUGUCAUUAAUUGAUUGAUUGAUAGUGUUGCUGUGCUCAGAUCAGUCAUUAUUAUCAGUGAUUGUGCUGUUAUACAGAUCGUAUAGGUGAAACGAAUGAAAGGUUUACAUUCAGUGACCUAAGCUGGAUUGAAUAGUGUUAAUAUGUAAUUUGUUCAUCAAUCUUGAACUGUAUGUGGUGUAAAUAAAGACAUUUGGGUA